UAAAAUGGCUGACGUGCGUGGAGUUUCGGCGUUGCAAGACGAGUUAGAGAAAGCGAAAGAAAGCUUGAAAGAUGUAGACGAUAACAUUAAGAAACUAACAGGGAGAGAUCCAACAGAACCAAGACCCUCAACAAGGCGUGUGACAGCUGUUCCUGAUGGAAGGGGUAGGGAGCGUUUGCUUCUACAGGCUAGGUGGGGCCCAGAUGAGGAUGUUCAAGCCAAGAGAAGAGUCAUUGGAGGCGCUUUCUCAAGGCUUGCUCCUAUGCACAGAAUGGGCAGAGGACGUCCACCUAGAGGACGGGAUAGUGGGGAUGAGGAUGAUCUACCCAACAAGCCCACUAUCCAGUCCUCAGUGAUUGCUACCCCUAAAGAGUCCAGGACACGCCAGUCCAGCAUUGAGGAACAGAAUUCAGACAGGAAGGGAACUGCCAGAAAUAGAAGAAUGUUUGGCUUACUUUUGGGAACACUGAGAAAAUUCAAAGAUGAAGCUAAGGAAACUGAAGAUAAGGAAGUUCAAAGAAAACAGAUUGAACAGAAGUUGGAAGAAAAAGCAAUAUCAGAAAAGGAGGAUCUUCUCAGAGAACGUCAUCAGCUUUUCCUUGAGCGAAAACAGCAACAAGCCAAAAUUCGUCGUCUGGAAUAUAAAAUGGAACUUAUUGAAAUACAUGAUGCUUGGGAAAAGGAGACGCGCAAAUUAGAAAAUUUUAUUCACACCAAAGCCAAACCACACAUAUUUUACCUUCCAAAAUCAAUGGAUGCAGUAUUAGAGGGAAAAAGAAAGGAGACCGUGAAAUAUGUGGAAGACAUGAUUGAUGAACGACGGAGGAAACUACAGAUCGAAAUUGAAGAUCUGAUGGCCAAGAACCAGCAAAGUGGAAAAGCCGACAUGGAAGGGGAUGAGGAGGAGGAAGGGGCCAUGGAGGGGAACAGAAACACAGAUAAGGAAAAUAGGCGUAGGAAGUCUAGUGGGGAGAGGGUAGACUUGCAUAGACAGUUAGAACAGAGGGGUUCACAUAGAGGGGGUAGGGAUGGGGAGAUACCAAGGAAACGCAGGAAGUCUGAUAGUGUAGCUGAGGAUGACAGACACAGUAGGGCAGGUAAGCACCGCAGGAGAAGUAGGGAGGAAGGGGAUAGGUCUGGGGGAAGGAGGGACAGUCAUAAGGUAGGGGCGUCAAGGAGGGACGACAAAGCAAGGGAUCGCACUGAACCUAGGGUGGAAAUUAAUUACAAUGAUGAAGAGGAUGAGGAAGAAGAGGAAGAGGGAGAACUACGAACUGAAUCUACAAACAGUAAUAGUAAUAAUAAUGAGGAAAAUAAGGAUAAGCGGACAGUAGAGCAGUCGGACACAUCAGGGAAGCUUGACAAGAUGGACACGGGGGAUACACAGGCGGAAAUAUCCAAGAGUGCAAAACAAACUCAGGCAAUGAUGGCAGAGGAUGAGGAGGAGGGAGAGGAAGGAGAGGUGCACGAUGCUGUGGAUGAAUGAUGAUGGGGAUUGGACAGGCAUAUCUGAAUUUAGCUACCCAAAAUAAAAGGGGGUGGGGACUUCUCUGUUUGCCUAAAAUUAGGAAGGGAAUGAAACUUAGAGAAAUUAUUAAUAUAAAAAAAAGAAAUGGAGAGAUAAGCUUACAGAAUGUACACUUCAUUUGAUAAACUUUGUAGGGUAUAUGAAGGGAACUGUCUGUAUGUAGUUUUUGGGAUAAAAGAUGGGGAAGUGACUAGGUCUACAUGUUAGACAUAAUUUGUAUCAUUAUUGUGUAUAUAUGGAUUAUUGUUACUUAAUGAAGUUAAUUGACUCUGUGUGAUAAUCUAUGGAAACACACCAUAUGUAUUGUAAAUUUAAGAUAAAACACAUCUUAUAUAUUGGCAAUUUUUUGUUUUCAUUAUUAUUAUUAAUUUGACCAGAAUUUCUUUAGAUCAAGUUUUCUUUUUGCAGUAUUAUUCAAUUUAUAUACAUAUAUCAAAAAUAAUUAGUAAGCAUCAAACUUUAAAUUAAAACAAUUAUUUUCAAUUUUAAAUGAAAAUUAACAUGAAAAUAUGUAACAAUUUUGAAUGUAUGCAAAUUUAUUGAUAAUGCACGCUGAUGUGUUGAUGUUCAGAAACCAACUUUCAUAUUAUUUUCCACUUAUCCACUUCCUUCAUCUCCUUGUGUGGUUAAAUAAUUUAUGGUUGUUACAAAAACUACUUUAUAUCUCAUACUGAGGAAAAUGGUCAAACAGAUUGAGUGUAGGACCUACUUUAUAUCUCAUACUGAGGAAAAUGGUCAAACAGAUUGAGUGUAGGACCUACUUUAUAUCUCAUACUGAGGAAAAUGGUCAAACAGAUUGAGUGUAGGACCUACUUUAUAUCAAACAGAAAUAAUCCUCUUGUUGUACAAGAUUUCUUUGUAGAUUGAACCAGGAAUAGGUAAGUAUAUAAACCAAUUAACACUGACGUCCCGGAGUCUCGUACACUUACAUUAAAGCGAUGAUGUGGUACUACCUAAUGCCCUCCUGUCGCUCUAGUUUGCCAAAGUCUUGACUUUCUAGUGAUGAUAUUGCAAACUCUUGGGCUACUUCCAUUAGAUUUGAGAAGGGAAACAUCUUUGAAGGAGUGGAUAUGAUAAAGAAAUUCAACUCUUCAACUGGAGUUUGUCAUUUUGAUGUAGGAUGUAUUUAUAAUUCGUGGGACUGCUGUAUUUAAACACAGAACAUUAACUGUCUUAUAAAUACCAAUUAAUCAUUGGAAAACAGAAUUACAUUAAUACCCGGUUGUUGUAUUUGCUCAAGUUAACUGUAUCAGUAACAAAUUGUAUCAUAUGUCUACUUUCGUUUUAUGUGAGGUUUGAGGUAGGCAACUGUUUUGAUGGUUUUAU